AUGGCGGCUAGCAUUAAGCUAGAGAACUUAGGAUUGCAGCUCGAACACGAUGACAUAUUAUCCAAGAAGGAGUCCCGUGUUCAUUGCCCAGUUGUUAUGCCUAGAAACCCGAAACUUAUUCGUGGUGAACCUGUACAAGAAAAGGUAAUAUAAAGCAAUGUAGUAUUAGCAGUGAAAAAUUGUGGAUGUCUGGUUUAAAACGUGCAGUAAAACAAUUGGUUUUGCAGCCAACAUUGUACGUUGUCACUUGGUGUCGUAUCUAGUAUGGUCACUUUUCGUUUCCCGCGAAAAUUUGUCGUAAAUCUUUCAUUGAAAUGUCUGAAUUGACUGUUGCAAGUGUCGUCAUGAUUACACACGAAUAUGUUUACACACGAAUAUGAGUGCCUCUGUGCUCUACCCUUGAUGAGUAAAAUCGUUUGGUGUUAGACAGAGUAAAAUAAUAAAGUAGUGCACAUUGGGGUACAAUACAAGUUAAUGGGUUAAGUUGACAUAUAGGCAGAUAGUCUGAUCGAUUACCGUAAACCUCAGAAUAUAUUUAAGCCCCCUGAAUAUAAGCGUAAUAAGCCCCCCCCCUGUGUAUAAGCCACCUCAUUCCAAAUAUAAGCCCACCUGAAUAUAAGCCCCCCCCGAAUAUAACCCCGAAUAUAAGCCCCCGAAUAUAAGCCCUAGCCCACUACGUUAUUCAACAUUGACAUUCAGUCUUUUAAUAUAGCAGAGAACGAUUUUUAAAAACAUUGUCAUUGUGUUUAUCGCUUACUAUGUUAAUCAAAGCAUGUUAUUAUUAAUACAUGUUUAUUUUCCUGUCUAUGACUGACUUGUUCAUUACUGUCUAACACAAAAGAUUGUCCAUGUAUAAGCCCCCCCCAUAUAUAAGCCCCCCUCCCCUUGUAUAAGCCCAUCAAAAAUUGCUUGCGAAAGAUUAUAAGCCCAGAGCUUAUAGUCGGAGGUUUAUAUGGUAACCCAUUACAUUAUAUGCUUGCCCCUUGACAAGUAAAAUGAAAUUGUCUGUUGUAAAAAUUAUAGAGAAAUAAUAAAGUCUCAUAAAUGACUCUGACAGUAAUAUCUCGGUCAAAGUUUCAACACGAGAAACAAGAAGAGCAAGUAAUGGAACUUUCCUAAAUGUGAGAAAGUGCAGAACUGUCAACUACCAGAACAGUUUUUAUAUAAGAGCCGCGAGCGUGUGGAACACUCUUCCUCGUUAUAUUAGAGACACAACUAAGUCUAUAGGAUCAUUCAAAACAUUACUACGCAAGCACUAUAAAGAUCUAACGGACAGUGUUUUCAACCCCAAUGACCUGAGAACUCUUAAGUCAGUUUGUGUGAAAUGUCACACAAGUCGUCCUUUAUGGAACUUAUUAUCUAGACCAUGUUGUUAGGUCAAUCGAACCUUAUAUAGUGACCCAUUAUUGCGCGUGCCAAAUGCAAUUACCAUAAUGCUAUAAUGAAUAUUACUUUAUCUUAUGGUUCAACUCCGUGUACGAGACUACGAGUAUAGCAUUUUGGCGGUUGUGGACGGUGUGUGUAAUAGGGAAAGCAGUCAUAAUGGUUAAAUUUUAAUAUAGCUUGCUCGAUACAUAAACAAUCUUAACAGCUUCAAAUUACUCUAGUACUUCAUUCACGAGUUCAGAAUUUCAAAUAGGAUCUCAUGUCGUAAUGUCUUAUCGUUGUUUGUUUCAAUUUGUGGCCUGUUAAUUUGUUUAUCUGUUUAUUAGUAUGUCUAAUAUCUGUCACGCCAUAGUGUAAAUUAUUGUUAUGUUUAUGUAUGUUGUGGAACCCCGUUAUUGGAGAUUUUAUCUCUGUGUGGUCAUUCCAGCCAUUGUGUGUAAUUUAUAGUUAGUUUAUAUCUUUAAUAAUGGCAAAUUUGUAAAAUUAAAAUUAAAGUAGGGUGCAUUGGGGUGCAAUGCAACUUAAUUUAAUGGGUUACAGUUUUAAUUGGUUACUGUAAUUAAGGCAGAAAAAAAGUAUCCUGUUUCUGGUCAGCAUGUGCAUGAAUCAAUGUAGGCACAAUGUGUCCAAAUGCACCCUACGUUGUUAUUUACUCUGUCAAACGCCAGACAAUUUUACUCGUUGGGGGGGGGGGGAGUGCUGCCACUCAAUGGGUUAAGAGAGAGUUAAACAUGAUAGGUAAUGAAGCAGGGAAUGCAUGGAACCAGGGAUGGAUCCAGCAUGAUCUGGUAGUGUUGGGUGCUCUGCCAGCUCUGGUGCCCAGUUGUGUCGGUCAUGUGUGCCGCCCGCCCAUCAACUUGCUUCACUAAGUGCAAAGUCUUGCUUGACUACUGUAUUUGAAUUGUAAUUGUUGUUCACAGUUCACUUAUCAUCAUGUUAUUACCCAAAUUACUGUAUCUCAUUUUGUCUCUAAUAAUUUUUUGCUUUAUCAUGAAAAAUAGCGCCCCCUCCGCACCUCCUCUGCACCCCCUCUGGCCAAGGCUAGUGGAGGUGCACCCCGGUGGGGGUGCACCCCCCGCACCCCCAGGAAAUCCAUCCCUGCAUGGAAAUACAUGUCCCUGGCAGGAAUCGGACCUGCGGCCCUGCAAUUCUGGUGAAGCGCUCUAACGAACUGAGCUACAGAGGCCAGUUGUUGAGCUCUUAUAACCACAAGUUCAUGUAUAUAACAUACAGUAGUAGGGUACUGCCAUUUAUAGGUUAUUCCUCGGGGACAUCAAGCCUUGUGACAUCAUGUGAACCAGGGUCUUAGCUGGGAUUUUAGAUCUUGGGCGUGUUUCUAAAUGACCUGGGUGUGCAUAUUUCUCAGUUAUGCUCGUCCCAUUAUCCAUCAAAACAUUAAAACAUCUCAGAUCACUUUUUCCAAUUUCAUCAAUUACAGUAGAUUUUAGAAACUUUCUUACGACGUAAAUGGGAAGAAAUUCUGUCUGUUGUAAGUAGCACCACCUUAUUUUAUGAACCUACACGGGCUUAUAUAAAUAAUGAAGCUGCGUUCAUUUUAUCUAGCCGUGUUUUUCUAUUUUUGGCCGCGAUAACACGGUCGACACGGCCUCUAUAGCUAAGACCCUGAUGUGAACAAAACAUAUACUAUCAUUGCAUCAAUAAUGGUAGAAGGAAUGUUCAUCAACUGGAUUCUGUAGAUCAGUUGUUUAGAGUGUAAUUGGUUUUCCUAACAUUAUAGCAAGCACCAUCAGCAUUCCUUGCGGAAAUGCAACUAACAACAGAAGAAAAAUUAAAGCUAACUUGUGAAAUGAGGAUACCGCAGAUUAUAGAGCUUCUGGAUAUGUCUGAAACGACACAUCAAAAG